UUAAUGGAAGCUGAGAAAGGUAACCAGGCACUGCGUGCAGAGCUGCGUGGACCAGGAGGAAAUUGUACAUCGUCUAAUGUCCUUAGAAACUGAAAAUAAUGCUUUAUCCGUAGAACUAAACCAAGCCCAGGACUCUGCCCGCAAGGUGUCAGAGAUACAGCAAAAUGAAAGCUAUUUACGUGCUCGUGUGGAGGAACUCGAAGUCACAGAAAACUCAUUACGGGAAACCCUUCAGCAGGCUGAUGUUAUUUUGGCUCAGAGAGAGAGAAAGCUCAGAGACCAGGUUGAAUCCCUCCAAGAGGAAGUACAGUCAUACAAAGACCAGCUAGAAGCCGCAGCCUCAAAGGAAUAUGGAGCGAAGGAGUCUGAAGUGUCAUACAAGAAACAGUUGGAACAGUUGCGUGCCCGCCUGGCUGACACAGAGCGUGAGUUGAAAGAGUCAUCCUCUGAGACAAUCAACCAUGAAACACAACAUCGUUCAGAGGUGAGAGUAACAUGUUCACUAGCAUUUAUCUAAGUGGUGAUGCUGCAG